UUGGAUUUGGCGCUGUUCAGCAACAAUCCCACUCACCCCCGGCAGAUAUUUUUACAAUAAGGAAAUCGAGUGCAAAACACACUGGGAUGUGUGGGGAUAACGCGUUGACCCGGCGGCGAAUGACAGGCAGAAAUUCAACCGGUGCCACCCCUUUUAGCCACCCUCAAAUGGAGGGCUCUGCUUGGGAACCUGAAAUGAAGAUUGGGUGGAACUCUUGGGUUUCCCCCAGUGCAUUUUUUUUGCAGUGAAUAGAUUACUGUACAGUAUCUGAGAAUUCACUUCCUGCCCAACCACCCACAUCACUCAACCCCCACUUGACACCCUCCCCCCGCUGGUGGCAAACUGCCUUUUGAAUUACUUCUCUUUUUGAAGCUUGGAGGAAGACACAGGGGAGCUGCAAGGAGCAGAUUUCUUCAGCCAGGAGGAUAAGUGCAGCUGUCAAGUCUGCAGGGAAAGAUUCCCCAAGACCCACUCACUGGAGCCAAGUGUGAAAAAGAAUUCUGAGCCUAUCCAUCACCACAUGAAAAGACUCGCUGCAGGCAAUUCCCUGGAAUUUGCAAUUCUAGAGACCAGGAAUGUCUGGACUGUGGCUGCAUUAAAAUUGAUUGUUCUGAGUGAGGUGGAAAGCUCAUUUGUGAACAUUAUUAUAAUUAACAAUUAGUCGCUGUUCUCAGAAAGGUGAAUGCAAGGCAACUUUCAAAAAGGAUAUUCUCUUGUGCAUCUAUUUCUCUCUUCCUCCUACCUCCCUCAAAACCCCCUUUAGCAGAAACACCUGUCUGCAACACCUUCAGUUUCUAUGCUUUCCUGGAGGACUCAUUUACAGAGAGAUUCAUGGACCUUGAGGAGUGACUUUAGAUGAAGAAAGCCCACCAGAGGCUGGGAACGCCUCCUCACAUCUGAACAGUUCAAUGGAGACCUUGAGAGUGGAGGUGAACAUGUCUGUGGAUGAAGGGGCAGCAAAGACCCCAGGAUUGCAGAAGGGAGAGCACAACACCCCCAACGUCAAAUUGUGGACAGAUCUGGGGGGAACAAAAGCCCCACACCUUGCAUGCAUCAAGGGGAUUGGAGAAUCACAAGCUAUGGUCUAUCCAUGGCAGGUGAAACAUGAACCAGAAGAGGAGCUUCAGGAAUGCUGGGAAGCCCAGUGGCAGGAGUUCCUCAAGACGUUGCAGGCCCCUCACUCAGGAUGGGGGAAUCAUCAGGUAUCAGAGGGGCCCUCCCCAUGGGAAGAUGCUAAGGCCUUCCUGGCCUCCUUUGAGCAAGUAGCCUCAGCCUGCCGGUGGCCUCUGGACAAGUGGGUGACCCUCCUCUUGCCAGCCCUCAGCGGAGAGGCUCAGCAGGCCUUCAACAGCCUCAGUGCCCAGGACAGGGGAGACUACGGGAAGGUGAAGGCGGCCAUCUUGCAAGGAGAGUCCACUUUGAGGGAGAAGCAGCGCCAGCACUUCAGGCAGUUCUGCUACCAGGAAGUGGAGGGGCCCAGAGGCGUUUACGGCCGGCUGAGGGAACUUUGCCGCCAGUGGCUGAGAGCGGAGAGACACACCAAGGAAGAGAUCUUGGAGCUGCUGAUCCUGGAGCAGUUCCUGACCGUCCUGCCCCAGGAAAUGCAGAGCUGGGUGAGGGAAAAGGGCCCAGAGACCUGCACCCAGGCGGUGGUUCUGGCAGAGAAUUUCCUGCUACAGCAGAACACGGUGAAACAGGAAGGAGAGGGGCUGUGGCCCUUGGGUGUGGGACUGGCUGUGAAUCCCUCGGAGGCAGGCUUGGUUCCACCACCAGAGGCCUGGGAAAGGCAGUCAUUCAAGGAGCUCAAGCAGGAGCAAGAUGAAGAGGCAAGCUUGUUUGGUGAUGGGCAGGUACAUGAAAACCAACUUGAUAAUCUUCAGCAGGGUGAUUCUGAGGUACCAGCAGAUGCAUCACUGCAAGGAGAUGACAACUUCCAUUAUUGCAAAGAGGGAGGAAGCCUUGGGAGUCAGGAGGGACUGGAGAGCAAGUGGAGAACCAAACCUGAGAAGUCCUCAGAUGAAGCCGUUCCUGUCCAUGAAGGUAACUUAGAACAGGAGGAAACCGGAGUCCACCCCAAAAUCCACCGCUGUCAUUGUGGAAAAAGUUUCCGCUGGAGCUCAAAUUUCAGGGUCCACGAGAGAAUCCACACUGGAGAGAAGCCGUAUAAGUGUGCCGAAUGCAGGAUGAGUUUCCGUAAAUCUGCACAGCUCAAGGCCCAUGAGGGAAUCCACACUGGGGAGGUGCCCUUCCGGUGUUCCAUGUGCCAGAAGAGUUUUACAAGUGGCUCAAACCUCGUUGCCCACGAGAGGAUUCACACUGGAGAGAAACCGUACAGGUGUACGCACUGCGGGAAAAGUUUCCGCCAGAAAGGCACCCUCACGACACAUGAGAAAAUCCACAUUGGAGAGAAACCUUUCAAAUGCUCAAUCUGCGGGAAGAAUUUCCGCCAGAAGGGCACAUUGAGGACGCACGAAAAGAUCCACCUGGGACAGAAGCCAUAUAAGUGCUCCGAGUGCGGGAAGAACUUCCGGACCUCGGCGGACCUGAGAGUCCAUGAAAGGAUCCACACUGGAGUGAAACCAUAUCAGUGUGCCGUGUGCCAGAAGAGUUUCACCGACGGCUCAAACCUCAUUACCCACGAGCGAAUCCACACGGGAGUGAAACCAUAUCAGUGUGGGCGCUGUGGGAAGAGCUUCUGUCAGAAGUCAGGCCUUAUGACACACGAACGAGUUCACACCGGGGUCCUCCCUUACAAGCGCCCGGUCUGUCAGAAGGGUUUGGCCGGUGGCGCAAGUGGAAGCUCGUGUCAGGAAACAAAUCCCGGAGACAAAUUGCAUAUGAGUGCUGAUUGUGGGGAGGGCUUCAGUGACAUAGGGCAUGUGAGAAGAGAAGAGCCAAACAUCAGAGAACAGCCGUAUGGGCUAUUGGAAAAGAGUUCGGAUGGAGCAUCGUCCUUCUGACACUAGAGAGAAUCCAGAACGCAGGGAAGCCAUUUGUGUCGACAGAGGUGGGGAACCUGUGGCCCUGCAGAUACUGCUGAACUACAAAUCCCAUCAUCCAUACCAACUGGGUGUGGUGGGAGUUGGAGUCCUGCAACAUCCAAAGGACCACAGGUUCCUCACUACUAUGUUAAGGCUUUGUUAAAGGGUUAGGUCAGCCUUCCCAACCCAGCACCCUGCAGAUUAAACUCCAUUCAGCCCCUGCAACCAUGGGCAAGAGUUGGGGAUGAUGGGAGUUGUGCUCCAAGAACUUAUAGAGGGUACCAGGCUGUGGAGGCCUGGUCAGUAAGGCAGGGUUGGGAAACCUGUGGCCAUUUAGAUGGUGCUAGACUACAGACUUCCCUCUGCCCCAGCCAAUAGUCAGAGGUGGCCUGGAGAGCCCACGGUUAACGCCUUCCUGCCACAAGUAUUUGGAGCUUGGCUAUGAGAUAAGUUGCAUCAGUGCUCUGACUUUGGAAGAAGCUCCCAAUGAACAACUGAUGAUGAGGAAGCCUGAAGAUGAGUAUCUGAUCUUCAUAAAACUCACAGUGAAUCCCCAAAGAUUUGGAGCCCUUAAACCCACACAGAGUGGAUCUGCUUAAUCAGACUACAGAAUUUGCUGAAUGUUUACACAAGAGACGAACUUUGAUAUUAAAGAAAGUGACUAAAUUUCAGUGAGAUGCUUGCAUGCUAGUGUUAGGACUAUGUAAAACCGGGAAGAAGCAUUGACAGUAACUAGCAUUUUCAAGUUUCUAAUUCAUGUAUUAUUGUCUUAAUAGGGAAUUGUGUGCAAUGAACUUCUUUCUGCCUGUCUUGGCUUGGGGUGGGGGGCGAGGAUCCCUUCCACCAGGAGCCCAUGUAGGUGGUAUGAGCCGGAGAGCACUUACAUCCACCCAGCCACAGACUGGACCUGAAUUGGGAACAGUACCCAUGGAGGCUGGCCAGUUAAGGCAAAUGGAGCCCACCAGCCUCAGUUUGCCCUCAUCCAGCCGUCACCAACCCACCUUCCUUAUUACAGCCAGUCCAGUGGAUAGCCCUGGCUGUCAGCACUCUCCUCCUCAGUUUCAGUGUUGUGAAUCUAGAACUCAGCAAGGAGGAGGACAAAGCAAAGCUA